UUUUCCUAGCCCGAUUGGAUUGGAUUUGAUAUCCUCAUUCUUCCCACCAACGGCAGUUGAAACGACGCCACUCAUUAGUCUAUCAAAACUGUCAAGCCAUGAGGUGAUAGAGGAAGAGAAACAGAGAGAGAGGCGAAGUGGUCAUUUAUUUAUUGCUCAGUAAUUUAUCAACGAUCAAUAAUGUCGAAUUAAUGUAUUCACAUGGAUCGAAAGAAGUUUCCACAACAAUAGGAGAAACAUAUCCUGCUACUAAAUUAUGACAAACAAAAUGUAUUUUCAUAUUCUCCUAUACUUCUUUAUCGCUCAAAUAUGCUUAAAUUUUACAACUUCAACAGUCAUCAGAUAUCCUUCAUCAUCAAUAAUGAAUUCUCUAACAAAAAGACGGCAAUUUUUCGAACCAUUAGACCCAAACCUUGUUGGCAAAUUGUUCAAUGUUCCGAGAAAAAAUCCUCGUGACAACAAUAAUGAUGAUGAUGACGAAUAUUAUCCAAAUCCUCCAGGAAAUGUUAUGCGAUAUGGUAAAAGACAUAUAUGGGAUAGUGAAUUAAUGAAUCAAUAAGUCAAUGUUCAAUACAUAUAUCUAUUCUAAAAUAAAGAUUGUUGUGAAGUUUACAGAAUGAUUCAUUUGACUGUACGAAAGAUAUUUCUGAUUUUUCGUGAAGUGAAGAAAUAAAAUUUAUUUGAUAAAA